AUGCCCGUCAUAUAUCUGCAGGCCGGCGAUGGCACGAGAAUUGCGGUGCCGGAGGAGGCCGCGGCGCUCUCGGCCGUCGUGCGACGUGCGUUAGACAACUGGACGGAGGCGUACGGCCCGCCGCCACCCCCGCCGGAGGAUGACGACGACGACGACGACAACGCCAACACGAACGGCUCCAACAGCAGCAGCAGCAGCAGUGACUCGGAGCGCACACCCGACCGCAUCAACGACGACGACGACGACGACGAUGAAACGAGUCGCACACGCAGUGUCUUGGGGAACCCAGACGAUGAUGACGACGGCACGGAAGAGUACCGAAACAAUAAUAAUAACGAGGAUGACACGGACCGCACGGUGAGUAUUCUCGAUGAAGAGUGCGGCAGCCGCACGCCAUCGCCGUGCCCCUCACCAGAGACGCCGACGCGAACAGCAGCCACGACGUCGCGUGGCCGCAGAAGAGCAUCGCGACGUGGCAGCAGCGUGAAGUCAAAGCGGGAGAGCCACGAGAAUGGCUCCGCCACGCCGGAGCACCUUGUUCUGCACAACAGCAACAGGAGCAGCAGCGGCAGCGGCAGCAGAGAAUUGGUUGCGGUGAAUAAAGAGGACAGCGCCACGCCGAGCACCCUCGACGAGGAGGACGUCGACAACGACGACGACACAGAGCUCGACGAGUCGUCGCCGCCGCGGCAGCUGCUCAGCACAAGCAGCGACGCACCGCUGCUGGCAGAGUCCAUCUCACCCACCGCACAUGCCCGCCCACUCACGUCACCUGUAGCCCCCACCACAGCAGACGCCAGUGACACGCAUAAUAGGAGGGACGGAAGCGAGAACACUGGCAGCACCGACAACCUGGUCGAAGCCAACGCCGCUCCGCCGUCGUCAAGCGGUGGAUCAGCACCGGUGGUGCGUCGGCGCGACUCCGUCACCGUCUUCGCCGACGUCCCCGCGGCGGGCGACGAAGAAGAGCGGUUUCUCGGCGCGGACCGCAUGCCUCCACUUCCGCCGCCCAUGAUCUCGCCGCAUAGCCUCACCAACGAUGAGCAUGCCUCCCCUAGUAGCUAUCACCAGCGCACCCCUUGCAUGAUCUGCGACGAGGACGACGGCCUGCUGCUCGGUGGGAGUGUCGCCUCGUCCAUUAGCGAAGAUGUGACGCCACAUAAUAGAAGUAGAGAACGAACGUCCCCUGCCAGUGGCGCUGAACCGGCAAGCCCGAAUGCACUGUUUAGUGGAAAGAACACGGAGUUCGGUGGCGCACAUAGUGGGCGACAUCGGGCAAGUCUGCGUAGCAACACUUUAGAUAAUGCGGGUAGUAGUGGCGGUGACGCUGCGGCUUGUGGUGUCGGUGGCCUAGUGGAAGACGUGGUAGCUGGACCUCUGCAUCAGUGCGCCCGCAUCACUGAUAGGGAGAUAGUUAUUGAACUCCAGAGCUGUCUGCCACCAAACUUGCCUCAUGCUGCUGGUGGUGGUGGAGCGGAGGAGGCGGAUAUUCAUAGCACGCCUUUACAAUCCGUCUCGCAGAGCCAGACGCUGUGCCAGCCAUCAGGCCGCACGUCACAGUCUCCAACACCGCUUGUCAGCGUGAAAUCCGGGGUGAGCGGCAGCACAAAUCAAAUGGACUCCGCCAUGCGCACGACAGGAAACAAUGAGGAUGAGAACCAGCAGCCACAACGCCCGUCCCUCGUGUCGGACGCGGUGCAACUCUGCGCGGAGUACCUGCGCCACUUUGCCGGCGACGGACAGCAGAAGGAGCGGCUGCACCCGACACCGACACCGGAGCCACUGCCCGCCCCGCUCGUCUGCUUCCUCACGCCGUGGGAGCGCAACUUUCUCUACCGGGGCAUCCUUGGCCACACGGACGAGCAGAUGGCGCUCGCAAUGGCCAUCACGCAGCACGCGCCAACGAUGAGCUUCAUCCACCCUGCGCCAUUUCUGCGCAACCCUGACAUCUGCACAGCACUGCUGGCCGCGCCGCCGGCUUCCGGCCGCGUCGCGCUGCUCGUCGACGUUAUGCGGGCGGCGGGGGUGCUGCAGAUAUCGUCGCUUCAGAACCUGUGCGCGGCGUGGUGUGCUGACUUUAUGAUACGUGUGAGCUACGCUUCAAUCGACUACUUCGAGGCGGCAGCGCUGGUGAGGCAGUGCUUCCACGUGCGCAGCGACUGGACGAAGCGGGAGUUGGACUGUCUGAAGCUCGAGAAUGAAUGGCCCGCCAACGAGGAGGAGUAG